AUGCCCGUGGGGAUGGAUCCCCUGGGUGCUCGCUCCCAGUUUGUGGACAUCCAGACCCUCCCCACGUGGCAGCAGCUGGGAGAGGAUGGAGAGUGCAUUCCGCAUGAUCUGAGUGACAGCCUGCUCAGCCAGCAAUCCUUCCCCUCGCCCUUCCCCUUCAGGCCUGACAUCAACCGCAAAAUCAUCCUCUUCAAUGGCGACGUAGCACUGCUGAACUGUACCGCCAUCACUAACACCAGCAAUGAACUUCUUAAUGACAAGAACCCUAUAUCGGAGCGCAUCCAUCAGCUGGCAGGGCCCGAGCUAAAAGAUGAGCUACUCAAACUUAAAGGAUGUCGCACAGGAGAAGCGAAGCAUACAAAAGGCUUCAACCUGGCAGCGAGGUUCAUCAUACACACAGUCGGACCAAAGUACAAAGCCAAGUACCGAACAGCGGCAGAGAGCUCGCUAUACAGCUGUUACAGAAACAUCCUGCAGUUGGCCACGGAACAGUCGAUGGCAUCAAUUGGUUUCUGUGUGGUGAGCACCGCCAAACGAGGAUACCCCCUGGAGGACGCCACACACAUCGCAUUCCGAACAGUCCGUAGAUUCCUGGAGAAGCAUGGAAGCAGCAUAGAGGCAGUAGUAUUUGCUGUGUCUGAUACAGAAGAGGCGGUGUACAUGAAAUUGCUUCCACUCUACUAUCCUCGCUCUGAGGAGGAGGAGAGGUUGUGCCUUCCCCUCGUACCGGCCGACAUUGGAAAUUCCGAGGGUGAGCCUGUGGUGCCCGAGAGGCAGAUCCGAAUCGCUGAGAAACCGGGAAGCCUGGAAGAUGAUUCGGAGGAUGACAAUUUGGAAUCCGAUCUGGGUCAGGUGGGCAAUCACGCCUUUGCCCGCAUGGAGGGUGAUGUGGACAAGCAACGGAAGCUGAUCCUACAGGGUCACAUGUCGGAGGUUACCAUGCAAAAGCAGCACCAGAGGAACUACAACCGAUGGUUGUGUCGAGCCAGAGCAGAGGACCUGUCGGACAUCGCUGCUUUGAAAGCAUUAUAUCAGACAGGUGUGGACAUGUGUGGCAGGACGGUGAUGGUUGUAGUGGGAAGAAAUAUUCCAGUAACCAUUAUCGACCUUGAGAAGGCUCUGCUGUAUUUCAUCCAUGUGAUGGAUCACAUUGCUGUAAAGGAAUAUGUAAUGGUUUACUUCCACACGCUGACAGGUGAACACAACCACCUGGACGCAGAAUUUCUCAAGAACCUUCACGACAUCGUCGAUGCCAAGUUUAAGAAGAAUUUAAAGGCCUUCUACUUUGUGCAUCCAACAUUUCGUUCCAAGGUGUCCACUUGGUUCUUCACCACCUUCAGCGUGUCUGGCAUGAAGGAUAAAGUGCGGUACCUUGACAAUCUGCAGCAACUCUUCACCUGUGUCAGGCCUGAGCAGAUUGACAUCCCGCCUUUUGUGCUGGACUACGACGCACGGGUAAAUACACGCACACUUUUUCAAAGCAGCGCCCACUUUUUAUCUAACCUGCACGGCGUGGAUGAGCAGGACAAAGGACAAAGGCGCAAUAAUGUCAAGGCUAUGAUUGGCUGGGUAGCAGAGCAGCACAAACAAGACCUUACCAGAGUAGAAAGAGAAGCGGGAGGCCCCGCUGCACAACCAAGCCUGAAGAAAGUGGCGCUCAACCUGACCAGCUGCUGCCACGGUAGCAGCCUCCUGCCCCAGCUUGGGUGGCUGUCCGUGAACCAUGCUACCUGCUGCGGCACUAGCCUCCUGCUGCACCCAGUCCUGCACGAAGGCCGAUGGUUAGUGAGCAUCAGGACCACUAUACAAGAGCUCCACGAAUACAUCACGAAGAUGCGCCCAAGAGAUGAAGCACUUAGUGAAUGUCUCAGGCACUGGAAACUGGAAAAGGAGGAGUUGGAGGAACCAUCAUGGAAGGAAAAACCUCUGCAUGGGAUGUACCACUGA